AUGACCAUGAGUUCCUACUUGAUAAACUCCAACUAUAUCGAGCCUUCCUUUCCUCCAUGCGACGAAUAUCAGCAGAGCGGAUACAUCCCCAACCCUGGUGAUUACUACGAGCGGCCAAAAGACACGGGCUUCCCCCAUCACGAAGAACCAUCCUAUCCGAGGUCAAACUACACAGAAACGGGAUAUGAUUACGGUAACGUCCCCGCUACCGGACUCGAUGAUUUCGGGGAUGGGCAUCACGCACAGCCGCAGCCGGUUCCACAGAGCCACGGUCCUCGCCUCUCCGCGGCCCCAGACGGUGGCGCAGGGGCAAAUGCCAGUAAAGACUGCAGCCUCGCCAGUGAGGCAUAUCCCGGCGUAGCGAAGGGCAAGGAGCCGGUGGUUUAUCCGUGGAUGAAAAAGGUCCACGUUAACAACGUCAAUCCCAAUUACAAUGGAGGAGUGCCCAAGAGGUCCCGCACUGCCUACACCCGCCAGCAGGCUCUGGAGCUGGAGAAGGAGUUCCACUUCAACCGGUACCUGACCCGGCGCAGGCGGGUGGAGAUUGCGCACACCAUGUGUCUGUCCGAGCGCCAGGUCAAGAUCUGGUUUCAGAACCGGAGGAUGAAGUGGAAGAAGGAGCAUAAGCUUCCCAACACGAAGAUCCGCUCCUCCAGCUCGGCCUCGUCCUCAGCCUCGGGGCCCCAGCAGCAGAUCAAAACAGGCCAGCAGCUUGUCCCCACGCCGUGCACCGCAGGUCUAUAGUGCUGAAAUUAACCCCGUACAACAAAACCCAAUCCAGACUGAGAUGGCAAAUAUCACAAGUGGAAUUUGAUGGACCGAUUCUCAGUAUUUUACACACAUGGUGUUAUCUCUUUCACCUUGCCUCUGCCAUUGGGCCCCUGUCACGUCCUUUGUACCCUUUCCCUCUCCUGUCGUCCUCGCCCUCUUCAUAUAAGCUUGAAAUUCACCUUUAAUUGCCACGGUGGCAACUGAAGUGUUUCUAUAUUUGUUUAUUGUUAUGAAAGAAGGAUAACUCACAUUCAAAUGUAGGAUCAAAAUGUAUCAUAACAGUAAACAUUCUGUGAGGUAAACAGUAUUUUUUCUAUGUUCUCUUUGAGUAUUUUUUUUUUAUUAUUAUUUUUUUAUUAUUGCUCAUGGAAAGCUCUAAUAUACUUGAAAGAUAUUUAGCGAGACUCUAGAUGCCUGUUAGAAAACCAGACGGCUGUUUUAGAGGUAUGGCAUCACUCAGAGUAACAGUGUAGUUUGUGUGUUUGAGUGGGUUGGUUUACUGUUGAAUGUAGUCCAGGUGACAUUCACAUUUAAUGUAAAUAGGCAAAUCAUAAUGAAGGCACAAUAAGGAAAGCAUUUCGUCAAGUAGAAUUAUGUUUGUUGGUGUUGUAAGGUCUAGGUUUAUUUGUGCUAGUCCGUCCCAUGUUGUGCUGUGUUCUAAACUGUGAAUAUUUGUAUGUGUUGUCCCAGUAUUGACCGUUGUGAUGUAGGCUAGUGUAGGCUCAAUGUGUCCUUGUGAAAUAAAUAUGUGCUUCACUUAAUAACGUCGAAUUGGCUUCGGAUAUUUUGUCACUGCAAAUACUGAUUACAAUUGAAAGCAACAUGUACUUGCGAAGCCGCGGGUAUUGACAUGGCAGGAGCAUUGGCGUGCCUCCUUUAAAGAAAAAAGAGAUUUCCUUUCCGAACUCAAAUAUUUUGUGCUAAUGCUAUUUUUUCAUUUCAAUACGUGGUUGUGUAUUUAUUUUAUUUUAUUACUUUUAUUUAAAGCUUUUAGUACGUUAUCUAGUGUGUGGAGAUGCGUGCAUAAAAUUGUGAUUGUGCUUCCAAGCAUUGGAUAAUUUACUGCGCCACGCUUGUAUGAGACUUUAUAUUUAUUUGUUUUACUUUCUCUGAAUAUAAUCAAAAUAUAUUGCUAUCUAGUUUUUAUUUGCAGAGAGUUUUAACUUUAACGUUUUAAGCAAU